AUGACCAGUGCCUUCUUGCAGCUUGAGUUAGAGCCUGGUUCAAGAUCAAUAACAACAUUUUCGACACACCAGGGUUUGCAUCGAUACAAACGGCUUAACUUUGGUACCUCAUCGACCUCUGAAGAGCUACAAAUAAAACUAGAGAAUAUUUUGAGAGACAUCCCAGGCUGCAAGAAUAUAGCUGGCAACAUGAUCCCAAAGUCUAAAAGAACUGGACACCAUCUUGGAAAAACAAUUGUCCACGGAUGUGAAAAAUUCUCCUUAUUUAUACUUGGCUCAGACUUUGAAAUUCUUACAGACCACAAACCAUUGGUAUCAUCACUCAGUAACCCGAAGUCAACUUUACCUUUACGUAUAGAACGAUGGUGUUUACGCCUACAAGGGUUUAGCUUCAAUAUUCGUCACAUCAAUGGCUCUUUUAACCCGGCAGACUAUUGUUUCCGACACACCGUUCCCGACAGUAAUACUAACUCUACCAGAAUCAUUGAAGAAUAUGUAAAUUUUACAACAAAGCAUGCAGAACCGAUAGUCAUCACCCUAGACGAGAUAAAAGUACACACGAAAAAUGACCCGACCCUGCAAUGUCUGAAAGAACUUAUUUGCUCUACUAAAUGGUAUUCAAUAGACACAAUAUCCACAAAAUAUCCCGACUGUAACGUUAAAGAGCUUCACCUUUAUAACAUAAUACGCAACGAGUUGACUUGCAACAACGACGAAUCCUUGAUACUUAGAGGAAAUCGAAUUGUAGCACCGACCAGUUUACGCCACAGAUUGCUUAAACUAGCUCAUGAAACACACCUUGGAAUGACAAAACCGAAAUCCAUACUGACAAAAUUUAUUUUCCGGAUAUUAACCCCCAAGUCGAAACACUUUGCAAGAACUGUUCACUGUGUAUCGCAAAUUCAAGAAUGA